AUGAAUAUAAAAUAAAAUGAUAUUUAGAGACUGGAUAAAAUAGGAAAAUUAAAAUAAGAAACAAAAAUUGAAGAAUUAAGUUCAGAAUGUCCAAAUUAAAUUUUAUAGUAUUUGUAAAAUUAAUUUAGAUAUAUGACUUAUGUGAAAUCGUUAUCUUCAGUAUUAAGGCCAAUGUUAAGAGGGUUAUUAUUAACAAAAAUAUAUAAUUUUGCAGAUUAAAGAUUAGAUUGGCGUAAUGAAAAUAGUAAAUCUAAUAAGAUUAAAAAUAAUAAAAGAGCAAAAAGCAAGAAUGUAAUUAUAGUUAUAAUUUUGAAAUAGAAAUUUUUAAGUAGAUAAUUUAAUUCCUCAAUUGGAUCUUCUUAUAAUUAGAGUAGUGGAUUGUAAUUGAGUAUAAUUAGAAAUUAAAGAAGUAUAAUGAGUAUAAUAAUGGGAUAUUUAAUAAGUGAAAUUUAUGAAGGUUAAGGGAUUCAACAACAGCAGAAUAAAAUAACAAGAAUUUCUAAUUGGAAAGGUAUUCUUAAAAAUGAUUCAAAAAUGAUGUUUAAAGCUGAAUAGUAAUUAAUGGAAAUGGAUAAUCAAGAUCUAGAAGUAAAAUAUAGUAUAUAAAAUUUCAAAUCAGUUUAUUUUAACUUUAAAAAUCCAAUUAAAUAGUUGAAGAUCAAAUUAUAUAAAGAAGUGAUUGAUUUUCCAUUUUUUUUUUGUAAUUAUUAAUUAGAUUAUGUGAUGUCUAAUGUAUAUAGAUUGUUUAAUAAUGAAUCGAAAAAUAGUUUAUAUUAAGUGAAUAGUUAUUGUGCUUUGAUUAAAUAAAAAGAUUUAAAAAUAAAUGUUAAAUCGUAUUACAAGGUUGGCUGCAUUGUAACACAAAGUUGUUAAAUGCUUUGAUUUACAUGAAUAUCAAAGCAAAGACUUGAUGAGAAGAUUCAAUGUUAGAGUCUAAAAGGGAGAAAUAGCUUUGAAUGCUGAUGAAGCAGCCAAAGUAGCAAAGACGCUUGAUCCAAGUGGUGGAUUGAUUCUUAAAUCAUAAGUACAUGCUGGUGGAAGAGGAAAGGGUAUUAAGAAUUAUUUAUUGAAGGAACUUUAUCUAGUGGUUUGAAGGGAGGAGUUAAAAUCUGUAAAACUCCAGAAGAAGUAGCCAAUUAUACUAAAUAAAUGAUUGGUUAUAAAUUAGUAACACAUUAGACACCAAAAGAAGUAUAUAAUAAAAUUUACAAAUUUAGGGUUUAUAAGUCAAUGCAGUAUUAGUACAUGAAGGAGUAGAUAUAGUACGUCAAUUAUAUUUAGCAUUUAUUUUGGAUAGAAAUUCAUAAAAACCAGCUAUUGUUGCAUCUAUUAAUGGUGGAAUGGAAAUUGAAGAAGUAGCUAAGACAGAUCCAAAUAGUAUUAUUGUGUUACCAAUUGAUGUUAAUACAGGUUUAACUGAUUAAAUUGCCAAUAAGGUUGUUGAUACUCUUUAAUUGUAAUCUGUGAGACAAUAGGCAAUUGAAUAAUUAAAGAAUCUUUAUAAGAUGUUUAUUUCUUUGGAUGCUACUUAAGUUGAAAUAAAUCCUUGGGCAACAGAUCCAAAAAAUUAAUUAUUUUGUAUUGAUGCUAAAAUAAAUGUUGAUGAUAAUGCUAAAUUUAGAUAAAAAGAAUUAGUAGAGUUAAGAAAAACAUCAGUAGCAUCAGAAUAAGUAGAUCCUCAUGAAGAAUUAGCAUUGGCAGCAGGAUUAAAUUAUGUUGCUUUAGAUGGAAAUAUUGGUUGUAUGGUUAAUGGAGCAGGUUUAGCAAUGGCAACAAUGGAUAUAAUAAAAUUAUAUGGAGGAGAUCCUGCUAACUUUUUAGAUGUAGGAGGUGGUGCAAAUGUAGAAUAAGUAAAGACUGCAUUUGAAAUAUUGAAUUCUCAUCCAAAAGUAGAAACUAUUUUAAUUAAUAUUUUUGGUGGUAUAAUGAAAUGCAACAUUAUUGCUGAAGGUAUUAUAAAAGCAGCAUAAUUGGUUGAUUUGAAAACACCAUUAGUAGUAAGAUUAACAGGAACAAAUUCAUAAUAAGGUAAUAAAUAAAUAUUAAUUAAAAAGGAGCGAAAAUGUUAGAUGAAUUUGCAAAAUCAUAAACAAAAGUAUCAAUAACAACAGCAACUGAUUUAGAUGAUGCUGCAUAAAAGUCUGUUAAAAUUGCAUAGACAUCAAAAAAGAAUUGAUCUAUCAAUAUUAAAG